AUGGCAAAUGCUGGUAGUGGAGCGUAUAGUUAUUCUCUUACCGUCUUCUCUCCGAGCGGCAAACUCGUACAAAUCGAGCACGCUCUCGCCGCAGUGUCCCAGGGAACAACGAGUCUAGGGAUUAAGGCAACGAACGGCAUUGUAAUUGCGACCGAGAAGAAAUCAUCCUCUCUCCUCAUUGACUCCUCCAUGCUAGACAAAGUAUGUGUCAUAUGUCCCAAUAUCGGUAUCGUCUACUCGGGGAUGGGUCCGGACUAUCGUGUGCUUGUGGCUAAGGCCCGGAAAAGUGCACAAGCAUAUUGGAAGGUGUACGGUGAAUACCCACCAACGCGCGUAUUAACUCAGGAGAUUGCAACUGUGAUGCAGGAAGCAACGCAAUCUGGUGGUAUCCGUCCGUUCGGAGUCUCGCUCCUGGUCGCUGGCUGGGACUCACACCGAGGACCCAUGCUCUACCAGGUAGAUCCAUCCGGCUCGUUCUGGGCCUGGAAGGCUAGUGCAAUAGGGAAAAAUAUGGUAAAUGCGAAAACCUUCCUUGAGAAACGAUACAAUGAUGAUAUCUCUCUAGAAGAUGCCAUACACACCGCACUUCUUACCCUGAAGGAAGGAUUUGAGGGCCAGAUGACCGAGAAGACGAUAGAGAUCGGAGUCGUUACCAUUCCUACGGCAGAAGAACUCGAGGCAGAGAAAGUGGGCGCUGAGUCGGGACGGCCGAAGCCGACAUUCCGUAAGCUCUCGGAGGAGGAAGUUCGGGACUAUCUUGCAUUGUAG